GCACACUAUGGCCAUGCUGCUGUUAUGGCUCCUGGUGCUGCCAGUCCUGGCCCAAAGCAGCUCGGUCGAAGACACCGUCAUUUCUUUGCAGGGCACGGGCCUCCCGCUGGACGAGGAUGGCAAGGAGGUGCACGCACACGGCGGGCAGCUGCUGCAGGAGGGAUCCACUUUCUACUGGGUGGGGACCUCUCAAAAGGUGCUGCCGGCCUGGACAUCCACUCACAUCAACAUCUACAGCAGCACCGACCUGCAGAAUUGGCAGUUCAGGAACGUUAUCUUCCGGUGGCAGCAAAUUGUGGGCUUCCCGCGGCGCCUGCCCUACGGCCACCUGUGGCAGCCGCCGCCGCCAUACCGCAUCGAGCGGCCCAAGAUCCUGCACCACGUGCGGCGCCGCCGUUACAUCCUCAUGUUCCAUCUGGACACCCCUGGCUUCGAGGUGCCCGCUGUGGGGGUCGCCAUCAGCCCCAACAUCACGGGCCCCUACCGCUGGCUGCACCACUUCUUCCCAGACAACAACACCAGCUACGACAUGACGGUGUGGCAGGAGCCGGGCACGGGGCAGGCCUACCUCGUGCGCAGCUGCCCUGUGAUGACGAUAGCAGUGUCGCGGCUGCGCCCAGACUGGCUGGCCACCGCUGGCUCCAUCUGCUCCCGGACCGGGCUGGGGGCAGAGGGCCCGGCGGUGUUCAGGCACAGCGGCAGGCACUACAUCUUUGCCUCACACUUGACAGGCUGGGCUCCCAACCCGCCCAUACUGCACGAGUCCACCGCCGGCGGCAUGUGCAGCACCUUCUGGCGGCUGCUGCCCGCGCCGGCGCACGGCCCGUUGGCGGGGACCACUUACGACUCGCAGUCCACCCACAUCUUCACAUACACCUUCCAAGACGGCGCCGAGGUGCUGGUGUGGAUGGGCGACCGCUGGAACGAGCAGGGCAGAGGCUCUGUGGGAGGAGCCAGCUACGUGUGGCUGCCGCUGCUGCCGCGGGUCGGAGCGCCCGGCUUUGAGCUGGUGUAUGCGGAAAACUGGAGCCUGCGGCAGUACAAGGGCGCUGUGUGGGACGUGGCGGCCCAGGCGGUACGGUUUGCUGCUGAUGUGGAGGAUUCGCCACGCUUUGCGACCGAGCCGGGGCGCGGGGUGGAUGGUGUGGCAGUGAGUUGACGCACACACUCCUCCUGCGAUGCUGCGGCCAGCUGCCGACAGCAGACAUUUCAUGCUUCGUUUUCUUCCCUUGCUCCCCAACUAUCCUGUAAGCAUUUCUACAU